GUAUAACCUAAGAAAUUUUAAAUUUUAAAUUAAACAUUUAAAUUUGAAUUUUGCUAUAAUACUAUAUAGAUACGUAAUGGUUUUUAAAAAAAUGAUAGUUUAUUGGUAGUUUGGCCAUUUUUACUGUUGGAGAUCUGUUGAACAUUUGACAGUUGAUACUGCAAUUAAAUUGAAAAUACCAAUUUAUCAUGGAAGACUACCUAGUGAAAUUGAAAGAAUUUGUUGAAAACAAAAAAUACCUCGAUGAUCUACAAUUUACAGCUAUUGCAGAAUAUAUUUGUGAAAAUAUUGUGCCCUAUGAAUUGUUGGAUCUUGUUUUAAAAUACCUUGAAAUUUAUUCACAGCAAAUUUCAUGUAUUCCAAAAAGGUUAUUUAGUCAUAUUUUUUCAAACACAGAAAAAGAAGCCUUACAUCCUUUAGUUUUAUUUUUGGCAUUACGACACAAUGAUAUUGACUAUAAUAUAAAUUUGGACAAUUUACCUGUAGAACAAUGGACUUACCUUAUGUCAGCUUUUUAUCAAAGGUUCCCAGAAAUGUUAUGUGAUCCUGUACUUAUAAGAAAUAUGAAGAAUAAAAUAAAUGCUUAUAAAAUGUUGAUGGAUAGUCCACAGUGGUUUAAUGAAAACGGAGAUAUUUUUAUAGGUCUACAUUUAAUUGAAUUUGAUGAAGACGAAUGUGAUAAAUUAUUCACUAAACUAAAAACCAACUGGUCAAUAUUUAAAAUCACAAAGACAGCAGUUUCUUUUGUCGAUUUAGUUGCUGCCAAAUGUAAUAAAGAACUAGAAUUUACUCAGUUUCUAAUUACAGCGCUUUUCUCUUUGCCUCCUGAAAGUGAGGAUAUUACUUGGUUAUCUAAUCAAAUUAUUAAUAAUUUAAAAUUAUUAGAAACUAACUGUCCAAUACAAAUUAGUGAUUGGGAUGCUAUAACUAUAAAAUCCAUAAAAUAUGGUUUAGUAGAAGAAAACCCGGAGUAUGGUUUUAUUAGAGUUUUGAGGAAAUUAGUUAAAAAAGCUAAUGUAGAUAAAUCUAUUGUAUCAAAAUCUUUUGAAUUACUUGCUGGUUAUUCACAAUUUAGUAAUAUAAUGUUAAAUCGAGAUGCUAAACAAAUUCAAAAAGAAGAAGUAUUGAGAAUGAUUGAAACUUUAGUUAAGAAAGAACCAUCAAUAAUGGCUCUGAGUCAUGUUCCACUUUUCCUCUGCUCAUACAAUGCAUCAUUAUCAGUUGUUGAUCAAAUAUUGCUGAGGAUUCUUUUUCGUUAUGAAGACAAUUCUAUACCAAUGUCUAAUUAUAGACCUUACUUAUGGGGAUCAUUUGCCAUAUCACAUUAUCAAGUGAAAAACCAUCUUAUAUCAAAAACAUUGAACAGUUUUCCUUCUACUACUGAAGUGCUUUCAUAUAUACCUUUAAAAAGACUAAAAGAAACUAUAUCUUGUUUUCCUAUUAAUAGACCUCUAUACAUCAAAGACCAAAAAAUUGUACUGUACACCACCAAAGACUCUAAGGAUCCAAGUCAAAUGUUUGACCCAUCAUUUUUUCUACCUAUGAUAAGCAGUUUGUUGGCUACCGAAGCACCAUUGAGUAUUGAAAAGUUUAAUAGAAGUGGUUGUCUGUCAAUGGUAUUGGCUUGUUUGGGCAGUUACGACUGCCUUAUGCGAAAAGCUGCGUAUCAUGUAUUAACAUUACUACGAUCUCAUUUAUUUUGUAGAAGAGCUGAAAACUUGUUUUGGGAUCAUUUUUGUUCUUGGGUUGCACAAGGCAUCCAAGAUUUGCAUUUGAAACCUCCUCCUCAACUGUCAAUGAUUCAAGCAUUAUUUUUGGGCAAAAUGGUUUUAGCUAUGGCUAAUCAUGAGAAAAGUAUUGACCUUACUUGCUAUAGAUUACUUUUGGCUCGUCCUGCUGCUCGGCUCAAUCAUAUUCCCGAAUUGAAAACAUUUAUAACUACAUUUUCUGGAUUUAAGGAUAAAGCAGUUCACAUGCGUUGGUUUUUUGAAAUAUUACGAGAUGGUACACGUUCUUUAAGUGAUUGGCAAGUUUUAAAAAAUAUGGAUUUGUUCAAUUUAUUUUUGGUCAUUUUCAAAAGUGGCCAACAAAAAGAUCGGUUAUUGAUCUUGAAAAUUAUGGAAGCUACAUUUCGAAUUCAACCUGCAACUAAUGGAGGAACUGGCCCUUGGGCCUUAAGCUUAAUGGUGGCAAUAAGUAAAUAUCCAAAAGAAUUGUCUACUGAAGAAAUACUUUUGGUAUUUAAAUGUUUACAGUCAUUGAGUGGAAGUUCGUAUAUAAGUUUACCAGCUGUGGACUUUUGGCUUUCCAUAUUCUUAGAGUAUGGGAAAAAUCCUGAUAUUAGUCUAGAAGGCUUUGAAACUUUAAAUAACCUUGUUUCAAAAUUCCAAAAUAUAAAUGAAUUAUUUGAUGAUGGAAAUCUAAAAGAUAUAUUAGAUUGUGGAAUACUUUCAAAUAUUAUAUCUAACGAUGAAGCUUUUAAAUGCCAAUCCAUUUUAAAAUAUGGAAUUAAUGGUAUUCAAAUACAAGAAACAAAUACUUAUAUAUUUUUACCAACCUUGCUCAAAAUAUUGAAGGCAAAAAUUUAAAAUUUUGUUUAAUUAGUGUUUGAGUUUUUGAUUUUUAAAAUUGUGUAACUAUUUGUUUGCAAAAUCAAUGAUUCAAUGGAUAUGAUUAAAUCUAAAUAAAUUUUUGAUUAAUUAA